CAAGAAAUCGGGGUUCUGGAAGGCCCAAGGAUCGUAAACAAAAUCUAACUUCCUAUAUUUCUUCUUUCCAGCGCUACUUGGGUCAGCCGAGGGUAAGUUUUCCCCCAAAAAAUGUUUCUAUUUCGUAACAGUCGAUACCUUGCAAGGAAUUUCAUCAUAUUUGUAAGUACGUCAUAAAAAAAACUAUAAUCCACUUUAGGCUAGAUCUAAUAAAUUUCAUGACAUUCCAUAUAUUGAUUUUAUCUUUUUUCUAAAAUUCACAAAGAAAUAGUUUUACCAAAGUGCUUUGUUUAACAGACUAAAUUAAAAGGUCUUCACUCAUUUAUUGUGAAUUAUUUCACAUGGGUUGGUAAUAAUAUCUAUGUAAAUAUGAGUAACAGGUGAAUGUGGAAACAUGUAAGGACAUAUGCCCUUAGUUGCGACAACUUUUAUUUUGGGAUCAGGGCGCCAAUCCCAAAUAUAACGGACCAAUGUAAAAUAAAAUAGUAUAUACUAAUCAUGUUAACAAUGAUUUCAAUCAAUUUUGGCCAAAUAACAACAACAAAAACGCUGAAAAUUUAUAACCAUUUUAUCCCCUUAAUUGUAAAAUUGAAAAAAAUUAACUAUUCCUUUGUAAAAGAGAAAGAUACUCUACCAAUCAAAUCCAUCAAGUGCCCGACUGAAAAAGCCAGUGAAUGAUAAUUGAUAACAUAAAAAAUAAAAUGCCCCUUUUAUGCCCCGCGGGAAUCCUUACAAAACGAACAUCAUCUGGACAGGAAUGGUAAGCCAAGAUGCAUAUGAGAUAAUCCUUGGACCAAGAUACCCACCCGCCCUUUUUAGAAAGGGCAUCUGCUGAUACCAUGCUAUACCAUUUCAGCUUCUAUAUGCACGGGGGAUUUCGUGGGCUUCGUCGACUCCACCUCGGGUAUGGAAUCUUGCUUCCUGUUCGCAAUGGACAAGAAACGGGAGUGGUACGAAGCCAGGAGCUUCUGCAGAGACCAAUCAGCUGACUUGGCCUUCCUGGAUGACGGCGACCUCCACUUCCAAAUCAUCGAUUACAUCGUCUCACACAGGGAUUGGAGGGACGAAGGUUUCCACAUAGGAGGCAACGAUGCUGACGUUGAAGGACAAUGGAACUGGGUGAUGCCCCAACAGCCCAUGGAUAUGGGGCACCACUGGUGGCCGGGACAACCUGACGGAGGCAGAAAGGAAAACUUCGCCUGUCUCUAUACUCCAGAUUUCUUCUUUAAUUCCUGUGUUAAUGGACAGAGGCUGUACACCCUCUGCAGAGUAUAAAAAGAGAGAAAGAGGAUGUACACCCUCUGCAGAGUAUAAAGGGAGAGAGAAGAGGAUGUACACCCUCUGCAGAGUAUAAAAAGAGAGAAAGAGGAUGUACACCCUCUGCAGAGUAUAAAGGGAGAGAGAAGAGGAUGUACACCCUCUGCAGAGUAUAAAAA